AUGACAGGAUUGGGAUUACCUUAUAAAUCUGAAUUAAAUUCCAACAUUUUUAAUAAAUCAGAUUUUUUAGAAAAAAAACAAUUUUUUGAACAAAUUUCUCUUAACAAUAAUAAAUUAAAUAAUAUAAAACAAUAUAAUAAGAUAAAUAAUUUAAAUAAAUUUAAAGAAUCUAAUAUAAUACAAGAUUCUAAUAAUAUAGUACAAAGUUCUAAUAAAUUACAAGAAUCUAAUAAAGAUUAUUACACAUCAAAUAAUUUUUAUUUAAAUAAAUUAAAUGAAAAUAAUUUAAAUAAUAUUAAGGAUAUUGAUGAGAAAAAUUUGAAUGAAAUAGAAAAUGUAGUUGAUGAGAUAUUGAAUAUAAAGAAGAAUUUGAAUGUAGUAAGAAGGAAUUCUAUAGAACGUAUUGAAAAGAAUAGAUUACCAAUAAUGUAUCAAGAUGAUGUUGAAGCUCUUUUAACUAGACAACCUAAUUCUGUACGUAAUUUUAUUAAUUCACUUAAUUCACAAUUUAAUACUUUUUUUAAUUCUACCGUUACGGUGUCCGAUACGGUGCUUGCUCACACUGACAGCAGUAGUACUAAUACUAAUAACCUAACUACUACUAAUACUAAUAACCUAACUAGUACUAAUAAUACUACUAAGGAUCCUACUGGACCAAGCACCGUAACUGAGGGAAAGAGAGCUAAUUUUACAGCCAUGGAGUGUACCUCUGGAAAGGGAGCUAAUUUUACAGGUAUGGAGUGUAUUAAUACUAAUAGUACUAAGGAUAGUAAUACUAAGGGAACCCUUUCGGGUACUAAGGAAAUCCCUUUUGGGACUGUUGCUGGUACUCAAGGGUUUGUUGUUGGACCAAGCACCGUAACGGACGUAACGGAGGAAUUAACAUAUAGAAAUGAAAUUGAUAAUUAUAAAUCAAUUAAUAUGUUUAAUCCUUUUUAUAUUAAUGAACCAUUUGAAUAUCAUUUAACAUGUCGUACACAUUUUACUAAUACUAAUACUAUGGAUGAGGAUACUAGUGAAGAAAAUACUAAUGAAAUUGCUGUUGUAACUAAUUCUAGGGAGUCUAAUACUUUUAGUACUGGAGUUACUGGUACUGGUACUAGGGUUAGUAGUGGUACUGAGGGAGGAGUUGGUUUCCAUGGACCAGACACCGUAACGGAAGUUGAAAAAACCAUAUUUGAUCGUAUAUUUAAUAAAAGUUUUUUACAAUCAUUUAAUACAUUACCAGAAGGUGUUAAUUUAAUUAUUGAUACACCAACUAAUAAUAUUACUACUACUAGUACUGAUCCGGGUACUGUUACUAAGGAAACCCCUUUUGGGAGUGCCGUUGGAGCAAGCACCGUUACUGAAAUUAAUAUGAAUAUUGAUAUUAAUAAUUUAUUUAUUAUUAAUUCUGGUUGGGUAUGGUUACAAUCUACUAAAACUAAAGAUUGGUUACCUAAAUUCAUUAUACUCUUUUAUACACAUAUUAAUAGUACUACCACGGGAAAGGGAGCUAAUUUUACAGCCAUGGAGUGUACUACGGGAAAGGGAGCUAAUUUUACAGCUAUGGAGUGUACUAUGGGAAAGGGAGCUAAUUCUAUGGUUACAGAGUGUACUAUGGGUAAUAAGGAUACUAAUACAGGAUUUAAUAAUACUAAGGGAGUUGAGGGUGAAGAAAGUUUUUGGAAUAUUUAUAAUGUAUAUAUUAAAUUAAAUCCAAAUUUAAAUAAUCUAACAUUAAUUAAUACUGAUCCUAAAAUUACUACAGACUAUAGUAAUGGUUCAGUAGACUAUACUAUAGGAUCUUCUGAUACUUUAGGAUCACCUGACUAUAUGAUAGGAUCACCUGACUCUAUUACUGGUUCAACAGAUAUGUUAGGAUAUUAUAAUAAAUUAGAUGAGAAAAUAGAAUUAAUAAAGAAUAAUAGUAGAAUAUAUUUAUGUAUAAUGAAUUAUGAACCAGAGAAUUAUUAUGAGAGUAUAUUGAAUAGGAAAUAUAUCCAAUUAUAUAGAGUAGAUGAGAAGACACCACCAAGUUUACGUAGUUUUAAUAAAUGUUGGUUAUCAAGAUUAAUAGCACAAAAUCGAUUAAUCAACUCAAGAUCAUUAUUAAAUUAUAAUUUACAAUUAAUUACAAUUUCAUUAGAUGACAAUUAUGAAUGUUCUUUUAUACCACUUUGUGCUGCGAAACUUAAUAAUAAUAUCAAAUUCAAUUUACAAAUGCAAUUAGCUUUAAAAAAUCAAAUUGAACAAGAAUAUAAUAAUUGGAUCUUCAAAUUAUGGGAAUAUACACUAAGAAUUAAUCAAUCCAAUUAUUCCAACGGUAGUAUUUCUAAUGGUAAUCUAACUAAUGGUAAUGUGACUAGUGUUAAUCUAACUAAUGGUAAUGUGACUAGUGGUAAUCUAACUACUGUUAAUGGAGUUAAUAGUGUAGGUGGAGUUACUGGAGUUAUGGGUGAAAAGAUAUUGAAGAAUAUAAAAUUGGAUGAUAUAGAAAUAUAUAAUAUGAAUGAAAUAUGUGAAGAGAAAGAAGAAAAUAUCUUUACAAGAGUUUAUAAAUAUAUUUAUAACUUUUUUGUUGGAAAUAAUACUAUAGAAGAUACUAAUGAACCAAUUUAUGAUAAUUCCAAAUUUAGAACGUAUCCAAAUUUCAUUAGUUACGGUGUUUGGUCUAGCAGUAGUAGUUAA